AGAAACGUGGUCACGUAACCCCUGACCCCCAGCGUCACUUUGCGUCAUUUUGCCGGGAAUGUCGGACCACGUGUCUCCUGUCGGCGUGCUUGUUCUCUGACGUGCCGCUCAUCACUUUUCACUCUGAAACUAGCCGGGGCAGGGAGUACACUAGCAAGAUGGCGGCGCGGUGGGGAGCGGGCGAGGAGACUUUAACUGCGUGCAAUAUGGAUUUUUUCCCUAUGGAUACACUAGACGAGACUGUUGGGCUGAGCUCUGGAGAAACUCUGGAGGCCCUUCAAAGCUGCUUAGACCCAUCCAUCCUUUCUAUAUUUGAGGAAGCACCAACAAUAGAGACUAAGGGACUAGAUGAAGAGAGCGAAGCCACGCUGCUAACUGCCCUGACAGAGAUCCUUGACAAUGUGGAUGAUGAGAACCUGUCCCCGUUCGACACACUGCCUGACUCAGACCUGCUGUCAGGUCAGAAGGGCAGGGAACACUCUCCGCUCCGGAGAUUGCUGUGUCUGUCGCGUUCCCCUCCCGAGAAAGACAUACUAUGUAGCACAAGACCCAUAUCAACUGGAAAGAGCCUCCCCAGGAUACAGGCAGACUCUCUUCAGAGGAGUGAUGGGGAGGAAGAAGAUGAUGGCUCCCUCACUCUUAGCCCAGUGAGGCACGAUUCAUCUCCCGACAAUGACCUGUUAGACUGGGAAGGUCCGACCCUACCGCUUCCUGUCACCUUUGAGCAGGAGGGUGAAGAUGGUGUUUCAGUUAGCCUGGGGGACUUUGUCAGGCAUAUGCACCCGUACUGUAUGGCCAUUUGUGUAGAGAAUGACGAUGGGGAACAGAUGUUGCCCGAAGGAGGCAUCUUACUCGAGGUUGUGGACCGGGGGGAGAACGGAGAACCCAUCCUGGCCAUCCCAGACAUAGAUCUCCCAGUCUCUCUGCCACUUAAAGAGCAGUCUUCAGAAAAUGAGCAGAAACUUAGAGAUGAAGCCUCUGACAGUUUGGAGCAUAUAGUCAUUGAUGAUGAAGACGUAACAGUCAGCGAGGCUCCAGUUAAACUUACAGCCCCUGCAACAUCAGACCUAUGUUCAGAAAUGAAAGAUGCAAUGAUCAAGAGACAAAAGGAAGAGAUUAAAGAGAAAAGCCCCUCCUGGAGGAAAAAGAAAAAGAAAUACAAGGAACAGUGCCAACCAGAACCUGUGGAGGCAAGGGUCCUUAGGAGUGGCAAAGUAAGAAAGAUGGCGCAGAACGCAGCAAGAAAGCCUGAAAAAGGGUCAGUCAAAGAAGUGAAGAAACACAAAGUCCCAAAAGUUCCUCUUGCCUUGACUCCAACUUCUUCGUCUUUAAAACCUAAGAAACAAAAUCAAUGCCAAACUGAAACAGAAAUAGCCACUACAACACUAUUGCCUGAAAUGAAUGUGCAAAUUGCCACAUUUGUGCCACCCAGACAGGACGCUGCUCUGCUAAAAGAUAGCUCUGAGCAGAGUCAGCCUAGCUGUUCACCCACAGCAGUGAGGGCCGGCCAGCCUGGUGAAACCCCGAAACAGCCAGGCCCAGCCCCCGAGAAGCUACAAGAUUCAUCAGCAGCUCCCUCUGCUGUCCUUGCCCCGCUGUCUUCAGAGAGCCCUGCAGCUGCUGAUAGCCCCCUAACACCCCAGAUGACACAACCUGUUUGUGAGGCCCUCCCCCCUGUGGCCACUGCAGUCCCAGAGCCCAAACCCAAAUCACUCAGUCUAGAGGAGUACCGUCGGCUCCGACAGCAGAAAAAGCCAGCACCAGUGGAAAAACAAGACAAGAACAGCACCAAGUGGCCCAGCCUUCCAGAGCUUCCUAAAGAACUUCCUCCGAUUCCCUGCCUGCCUGACCCCAGCCCCAGGGAUCCACGACGCCCCAACCCCCAGGCAACAAAGAAGGAAGUGGAUGAGGUCAGACCUGCCUGGCAGCCAAGGGGACCAACUGCACCACCCACGCCUGAGGCACUGCUGGUGCCACCAGCCUACAUGGUUGCUUCAUCCAGCAAAGUUUCAGCUGCUACUUCUAUUCCUAAACCCCAGCAAACACCUGAACCUUCCAAACCUUCUCUACCCCAAAACCCCUCAGCUUUUGCCCCUAAUUCAGUGAUGGAUUUACCCUCACAUCAACAAACCAUUGCUCAGCCUGCAGUACCUUCUGUGCCUCAGAGCCCUGAGUCUCCAGCUGCUUUAAAACACGCCACUCAGGUCAUGUUGUCAGCAGAUGGGAGGGGUUCACCUGCGCUAUCAGGAGGAAAGUGCAGAGUUGAUGAUAGGCCCCAGGCUCAGCCUGUGUCUUUUAAGUCCAUAGAGCUCACUAAAACCUGUCCUAAAACCACUACAGAGUCGAUCAAAUCCAAUGCUGCUACUUCGUCUGCACUCAGUGCCCCCCAGAAGACCACUGUUGUUUCCCAAAAGGUGCCUGAGGUCACUGCUGCUACCACGUUAAUUAACCCCAUCACAGCUGAUAGCAAGUCCUCCAAACCCACAGCCAAUGGUACCCAGCUCAGUUCUUCUUCAGCUGCUCAUCCCCCAGACUCCCAUAGUCUAAAAGCAGAACCUGUUGUGCUUGAAACUAAAGAGAACCUCACCACAGCAGAGAAGCCCCAAAAGGCAAAGAGCCCCACACAGGUGCUGAUUGAGGCCUUCACCAGUGAGAUAGGUAUUGAAGCUGCUGAUCUGACCAGCUUGCUGGAACAGUUUGAGGAAACCCAAGCCAAAGAGGAGCAAUGUGUGCCGGAGGUCUCUGGUAGAGCAGCAGCUGUAGGAAACUCAAGUUUUGAGUUGGCUCCAGAGAAAACAGUUGUGGAGCGUGUGAGAGCUAAUGACCUCUCAAGUACUGCAGCUCUGACUCCUCCAGCCACUCCUCCCCACCAGAUGUGGAAACCUCUGGCCCCAGUGGCCCUGCUGGGGAAGAGCAAGGCCACUGAGGCCUUCAAGCCGAGCACCUCCAAGGUUAUCCAGAUAGAAGCUCGGCCACUGCCCUCAGUCAAGUCCCGCAGUAAACCCACUCCUGCCACCGUCGCUGUAGACCCUGACCUGGCAUGCAUGGACCAUGACUACUGCCUCCCCAACAAAGGCACUUCCACUGGAGAGUCAGGCAAGCGCUGGAAUGUCAAACAGCAAUCUUUUAUCACUAUUAAACCCAUCAAGCAACCCGCUACACCCGCCACACAGACACCCCCAGCUGCCCUAGCGUUGUCUGUCCCGUCUACUACAAACCCUGCAGUUAAAACCAAAAUACAAGGUUUUCCACUGACAGAGCCCCUGGAUCACAGGACAGAUGGGGUGGAGAGAAGCUCUGUUCUGGAGACUCCCGAUGCUUCUCCUGCUCGACAGGAGACUGAUUCCACUGUUAAAGAAGGAAGCCCCAGGAGAGGGCCUUUUGGGAGGGCCUACCGUCGACAUGCUGCUUCUCGCUCACCCAGCCCCAGAUCUAGCCCCAAAGAGAGGACUGGAGGCCGGUCUAGAAAGAGAAGAUCCCACCAUUCUCCCAGCCCUAUGACCAGUGGUUCAGAGUCAGACUCCCAUUCCUCUAGAUCUCGGUCUAGAUCACGCGCUCCAUCUAAGAAAAGGUAUCGUCCUCGUCACUCUGAGAGCAGUUCCAGCUCUUCAUCCCGUUCCUCAUCUCGGUCCUCUCCAUCUGUGUCCCGCUCCCCUCCCAGGAGGAGGAAUUACUCGUAUUCCUCCUCUCGUUCUGGCUCGUGGAGUCGCUCCAGGUCGCGGUCUCAAUCCCCUCAGAGACAAGCACAGUGGAGUAGAAGCAGAACAUUGUACAGCCCCUCAUAUAAACAUGGCUAUGGUAACAGUGCAAAGACAAAUGUGGAAGAGGUGAAGAGACGCAAGGGAAAAGCCAUUGAGGAGCGCCGGGUUGUUUACGUUGGUCGAAUUCGGGGUACGAUGACCCAAAAAGAGCUUAAAGAGCGCUUCUCUUUAUUUGGCGAGAUUGAAGACUGCACCUUGCACUUUAGAGACCAUGGGGACAACUAUGGCUUUGUGACUUAUUACGACACCAAGGAUGCUUUCACGGCCAUUGAAAAUGGAAGCAAGCUGCGCAAGCCUGAUGAGCUGCCGUUUGAUCUCUGUUUUGGUGGAAGGAGACAGUUCUGCCAGACCGGCUAUUCUGAUUUGGAUUCAAGUAGAGAGUACGAUCCAUUGCCUGUGAAAGGCAAGUUUCAUGCACUAGACUUCGACACUUUAUUAAAGCAGGCCCAGCAGAAUCUGAAGAGGUAACAGGAGGCCUGCAGCAGGAAGCAGCUGACACUUACCUCAGAGCCAACAGCUGGCUCCUCACCUGCAACACUGUCUUUACAUUUUAGUUGUUGCAUUAGUUUUUUUUUGUUUGUUUUGUUUUGUUUCUGCAAGCUAACACCUUCUAUUGAAGUGAAGAUUUGUAAUGAAAGUAGUAAAAGAAGUCAAAAAAAAGGAAUAAGUGAAAUAAAAUAAUUUUUUAAAAGUUUAUUUAAAUGUAAAAUCAAAUUUGACUUGUAUGGAGAGAAUCAUUUUUAAAAAGCUGGGAAAAUAUGUGGAAAGGAGCUCCCUAAAUCUUGGGAGAGGAUGUAACACAUUUAAAUGUACUACAAACCUAAAUUAAAAAAGAGAGAAACUGAAACGUU